AUGGUAUGUCACAUCUGCCCAUCGAAGACACACCCUUUUGGCGCACCGCUGUUGCUUCGAAAGAAGAAAGCUGGAUCGUUGCGCUUGUGCAUGGACUAUCGGGUGCUUAAUAAGGUCACCAUGAAGAACAACUACUCGAUCCCGCUCAUUACUGACUUAUUUGAUAGACUUGGUCAAUCCAAGCACUUUACUAAGGUGGAUCUCCGCAAGGGCUACUGCCAGGUUCUCAUUGCACAAGGAGAUACGCCGAAGAUGGCAUAUGUGAUAAGAUAUGGAGCUUUUGAAGACGAGGCUAAGUGGCUACUUAGCCAAGGCCGCACCAUUGAUCAAGUUGCUAAAGAAGAAAAAGCCAUGGGUUUGGACAAAAUAUUGUCAAAAGGCAUUCGAAGGGCUUAA